AUGUCAAGCAGUUAUUUGUAUUUAUUUAUUGUGCUAUUUUGUUCAAACUUCAGCUUACUGUUGCUAAUAUUAUCAAGCGAUUGCGACAGCUUAUCGGAUAAUAAUUAUUGCAACAUUAAACAAAAUAUAGUUGCGAAUGAUCAAGAAGAGAAGGUGGCAGAGAAGGAAAAGAAGAUUGAAUCAAUUUAUUUACCACAAACUAUCAUACAAGAAGAAGAAGAGGGAAAGCAGAACAGAGAGCUACACAUAACUGAUGAGGAGAAACAAGUUAAAACUAGCAGUAUGAAAGUAUUGAGGGAAACAACUAGACUGCUAGUUCGUUCUACGAGAAACGCCAUGGCUUGGAGGUCAGGAGGUGAUUCUAAUCUUCAGCUGGUCAACAAUUUGCAAGCUAAUGGCUUAUUCAGAGAUGAACGUGUACGUAAUGCUAUGCUACAGAUCGAUCGUGGAGAUUUCACUUCCACUACUCCUUAUGGCGAUCAUCCCGUAUCCAUAGGGUACGGUGCUACAAUCAGUGCUCCUCACAUGCAUGCAUCUGCUCUGGAACUCUUGAAAGAUCACCUCAAAGAAGGAAACCGAGCAUUAGAUGUUGGAUCAGGUUCUGGUUAUCUAACAGCGUGCAUGGCAAUUAUGGUGGGAAAAGAAGGUAAAGUGGUAGGAAUUGAGCACAUCCAAGGGCUGUUGACUGAUUCAAAAAAGAAUAUUAUGAAAAAUCAUGAAAAUUUGCUGAGCACUGGUCGCAUAAUUCUUGUAAAAGGUGAUGGACGACAAGGCUAUAAGGAUGAGGCACCUUAUGAUGCCAUACACGUUGGAGCUGCAGCAUCUGAAGUCCCUACUCAGUUGAUAGAACAACUUGCUAAGGGUGGACGAAUGGUGAUUCCAGUAGGUCUUCAACAUAGCACGCAACGAUUCAUGCAAAUAGAUAAGGAUGAGAAUGGUGUUGUUACGCAAAAAGAUUUGAUGGGUGUAGUGUAUGUUCCACUUACAGAUGAGCAAAGUCAACUAAGGAACUGA